AUGACAGCUUUACCCCCAGAAAGGACCACACUUUCGCGUCCUUUCACAAAUACCGGUGUCGACUUCGCUGGACCGUUCGAUAUCAAAAAUUAUGCAGGCAGAGGUUGUAAGGUAACAAAGGGUUACGUACUGGUUUUCGUCUGUUUCGCGACAAAGGCCAUACAUCUAAAAGCAACCAGUGAAAUGUCAACUCAAGCCUUUCUAGCUGCGUUUGCACGUUUCUUUUCCCGCCGUGGUUGUCCAAAUUCCUUAUAUUCGGAUAAUGGCACAGCUUUUGUUGGAGCUUCUAACAUACUGGACGUAGAUAAAACCCAAUUUAUGACACUUGUGCGACGAAAACUGCUCGAAUUACAUGAUUUUACCCCCCUUCAAUGGCAUUUUAUACCCCCAGGCCCACCUCAUAUGGGAGGUCUCUGGGAAGCCGGAGUUAAGAGCUUCAAAAUGAACCUAAAACGAGUAUCUCAUAGUCAUAAUUUUACUUUUGAGGAGUUCUCCACUUUGCUUGCUCGUAUAGAAUCCUGUUUGAACUCAAGACCACUCAGUCCUAGUAGAGAAAACCCUACAGAUCUGUGUGCGUUAACCCCCGGACAUUUCCUUAUCGGUAGUCCUUUAUUAUCACCCCCAGAACCUAAUCUAACAGACCACUCUUUGAGUUAUGUUAGUCGUUGGCAAAAACUAAAGGUUCUUCAUCAUCACUUUGCGCAAAGGUGGAAAGAGGAAUACCUCAAAGAACUUCACAAACGUUUUAAGUGGAAAUACUCCCAGCGUGAUUAUGCUAUCGGCGAUUUUGUCGUCAUAAGACAAGAUAAUUUACCCCCCAAUCAAUGGCGACUUGGUCGCAUUGAAAAUGUUGUUCGCGGUUCAGAUAACCGUGUUAGAGUCGCCGAAGUACGAACUGCCAAUGGCAUCGUUACUAGGCCAAUCGUUAAACUUGUUUUACUCCCCAAUCCCGAACAACACUAA